CGGGCUGCCGCCGGCACCCAGAGCACUCUGGGCUCUGUGCUGCCCGACAGGCGUCCCGGGCCCCGGAGCCGCGCGUCCAAGGGGCGCAGCAGGGACUUACCGCAAUAUGCGCAUGGGGACCCGGCACUGAGAGGCGGCGGCGAUGUGGCGAGGCGAGUCCCCAGGCCCCUCCUGGGGACCGCUGCUGGCGCUGGUGCUGGUGCUGACGCUGGGCGGACUUCCAAGAGUGAGGGGCUUCGAGGAAGAGCCAGGCGGCGCGCAUGGCGCAAGCCAGGGAUUCCAGGUAGUCACCUUUAAAUGGCACCACGUCCAGGACCCCUACAUCAUCGCGCUCUGGAUCCUCGUGGCCAGCUUAGCCAAAAUUGUGUUCCACCUGUCCCACAAGGUCACCAGCGUCGUCCCUGAGAGCGCUCUGCUCAUUGUGCUGGGCCUGGUGCUGGGCGGCAUCGUCUGGGCGGCUGACCACAUUGCCUCCUUCACGCUCACGCCCACGGUCUUCUUCUUCUACCUGCUGCCCCCCAUUGUGCUGGACGCUGGCUACUUCAUGCCCAACCGGCUCUUCUUUGGCAACCUGGGCACCAUCCUACUGUAUGCUGUCAUCGGCACCGUGUGGAACGCGGCCACCACGGGCCUGUCGCUCUAUGGGGUCUUCCUCAGCGGCCUGAUGGGUGAGCUGAAGAUCGGGCUGCUGGACUUCCUGCUCUUCGGCAGCCUGAUCGCAGCAGUGGACCCGGUGGCCGUCCUGGCCGUGUUUGAGGAGGUGCACGUCAACGAGGUCCUGUUCAUCAUCGUGUUCGGGGAGUCACUGCUGAACGACGCCGUGACCGUGGUCCUAUACAAUGUCUUUGAGUCUUUCGUGACACUGGGUGGUGACGAGGUGACCGGCGUGGACUGUGUGAAAGGCAUAGUGUCCUUCUUCGUGGUGAGCCUGGGGGGCACUCUGGUGGGCGUCGUCUUCGCCUUCCUGCUGUCCCUGGUCACGCGCUUCACCAAGCACGUGCGCAUCAUCGAGCCCGGCUUCGUCUUCGUCAUCUCCUACCUGUCCUACCUGACCUCCGAGAUGCUGUCCCUGUCGGCCAUCCUCGCCAUCACCUUCUGUGGCAUCUGCUGCCAGAAGUACGUGAAGGCCAACAUCUCGGAGCAGUCGGCCACCACCGUGCGCUACACCAUGAAGAUGCUGGCCAGCGGGGCUGAGACCAUCAUCUUCAUGUUCCUGGGCAUCUCAGCCGUGGACCCUCUCAUCUGGACCUGGAACACAGCCUUCGUGCUGCUCACGCUGGUCUUCAUCUCUGUGUACCGGGCCAUUGGUGUUGUCCUGCAGACCUGGAUCCUGAACCGGUACCGCAUGGUGCAGCUGGAACCCAUCGACCAGGUGGUCAUGUCCUACGGUGGCCUGCGCGGAGCCGUGGCCUACGCCCUGGUGGUGCUGCUGGAUGAGAACAAGGUCAAGGAGAAGAACCUGUUCGUCAGCACCACCAUCAUCGUGGUCUUCUUCACGGUCAUCUUCCAGGGCCUGACCAUCAAGCCUCUGGUGCAGUGGCUGAAGGUGAAGAGGAGUGAGCAGCGAGAGCCCAAGCUCAACGAGAAGCUGCACGGCCGGGCAUUCGACCACAUCCUCUCUGCCAUUGAGGACAUCUCAGGACAAAUCGGACACAAUUACCUCAGAGAUAAGUGGUCCAAUUUUGAUAGGAAGUUCCUCAGCAAGGUCCUGAUGAGACGGUCAGCCCAGAAGUCUCGAGAUCGGAUUCUGAAUGUCUUCCACGAGCUGAACUUGAAGGAUGCCAUCAGCUAUGUGGCUGAGGGAGAGCGGCGCGGGUCUCUGGCCUUCAUCCGCUCCCCAAGCACCGACAACAUGGUCAACGUUGACUUCAGCACACCACGCCCGUCCACCGUGGAGGCCUCUGUGUCCUACCUCCUGAGGGAAAAUGUCAGCGCCGUGUGCCUGGACAUGCAGUCCCUGGAGCAGAGGCGGAGGAGCAUCCGAGACACGGAGGACAUGGUCACCCACCACACACUGCAGCAGUACCUGUACAAGCCCCGGCAGGAGUACAAGCAUCUCUACAGUCGGCACGAGUUAACUCCAAACGAGAAUGAGAAGCAGGACAAGGAGAUCUUCCACAGGACAAUGCGGAAACGCCUGGAGUCCUUCAAGUCUGCUAAGCUAGGGAUCAACCAAAACAAGAAGGCAGCGAAGCUGUACAAGAGGGAGCGCGCGCAGAAGCGGAGGAACAGCAGCAUCCCCAAUGGGAAGCUGCCCGUGGAGAGCCCAGUGCACAACUUCACCAUCAAGGAGAAAGAUUUGGAACUUUCAGACCCAGAGGAGGCCCCUGACUAUGAAGCAGAGACCAGUGGGGGCAUCGAGUUCCUGGCCAGCGUCACAAAGGACACUGCCUCUGAUUCCCCAGCAGGUGACACCGGUUCCGACACGCCGCUGAUUGGACACUCGUCCCCGCGUGGUGGGUCGCCCGCUGUUUCCCAGCAGCCCCCGUUGCCGGCGCGUCUCCCGCGGCCGCACGCCCCGAGCCCCGCCCCGCCCGAGAACGCCGCGCCGGUGCCGGCAGCGCGGUCCUCGCGCGAGCCAGGUGCAGGGCCCACUCAGGGGGCGGGGCCGGAGCGCAGGGCGCUGCCCGGCGCGCACGCGCGGUCAGCGGCGGCGCGGCGCGUGCACAGCCGGCGCUCGUUCCAGCGGCCUCGCGCGCGCCGCCGCCCCGCGCUGCUCAAGCUCGCAUCGCUGCAGCCUCCCGGGCCCGCCGAGCUGCCGCCGCACGCGCUGGAGCAGGAGGAGACGCCACUGUGACCAAGACCGCCGCCCGCCCCGGCCUCCCGGCGGGUGGCCUGGCCCCGGGGAUCUCCCCGCCCCGCCGCCUGCUCCCUCCUGGCCCAGGUGCAGGCCGGGCCUCCAGUCCCAAGGUCCGGCAGGUGCUCCAUUUUGGACUGCUGCCCGCCUGCCGCUUCCAGCUGAGCGGCACUUCUGUGUUAAUCUCUCGUUGUCACCCUGACUCAGGGACAGGGAAGGCUCCAGAGGCCUGUGGCCAUCCUCCUCACUGCCAGGCUUUGCCCGUGAUAGGCCCUGACCAGCUCCACCCCCACCCCAGCUGGUUCUCACCGUCCUCAGUGAUGCCCCAGGCCCAGAGUGGGGGCUCAAGCCCCUCUGACAGCUUCAUAUCCACUUGCCAGCUCUCCAGACUGCCCACUGGCCACGUGGCAAUCGCAGGAACAUUUUUGCUUGCUUUUGUGUUUUGGCUCCUCCAGCCCAGCUUUUGUCCUGUCUCUCCCCACUGAAGCCCCCUUGGGACAGUCCUGAACCAACAGAUAAGAGCUCUCAAUUGAGUUGUCUUUAGUUGAGGUGGCUGCAGAUGGCCAGGCUGGGCCAAGGGCUAGAGGGGGCCGCACAGGUAACCUCUGCUUCUGAAUCACAGCUAGCUGGGUCUGGCCCCAGUUGACACAAUGGCACAAGAGCACUCGGGGGCAUGGGGAGGCUCCAAGGAGGGCUUGGCUGGGCAUCCUGUGCCCAUCUCUCCAGGCCUCAGGACAGAGCCCUGCCCCUGGCGUGUGAGAGGGGAUGCUGCCUCCAUUUCACUUGAGGAAGACCCGACAGGGCUAAGGUGGACUCGACCCCCACACCCAGAAGCUUUCCUGAAACCACUCAGCUCUCUGCUCAGGAAAACCAAAUGCCCACGUCUCAGGAUAGAAGUGGACAUUCAUAAGUCCAGGAGGGUCAGCAGCAGUGUGCAUUGUUGUUGCUGCACAUCAGGUCUUGGGCAAAAAAGCAUACCUUUUCCUGUUAACACCUUUACUGCUGGGAUAAACAGGAAGACAACGCCAGUUUGUUCAGGCCGCCAUGGCUUCUGUUCAGAGCAGCUUUCCCUGGAAGUGUCAGCUCAUCGCUAAAUCGCUAGCUCAGCCUUAGUGGUCAGGGGCAGGUGUCUGGCUUGCGGCCAUCUUUGUCCAGCCAGGGCACAGCAUGGCCAGCCCAGCAGUGGUCUCCCCACAGCCAGAGAGAGCACUGCUGGAGCUGUGAGGACAGACUGGAGCACCCGCUCCGAGUCCUCACACGCCAAGUUCCCCGCACCUGCCCUGAGGAAGCUGCCUUAACACUGCCUGGGCUGCUGGCCGUGGAGGCUAAUCUCCAUGGCAGUCAGAAGCCAAGCCAGAACAGCAGCUCAGGCAGCACCUGUGGCCAUGCACUGGACCAAUACCAAAGCCAGCAGCCAGGGGGCGAACCUGCUGGACACCUCCUUGACACUCCCUCCACCCCUCCACCAUGGUCGCUGGGCUUGCACAACCAGCAGUGGGACACAACCAUGAUGGAACCAGACUCUUGGCAAGGAGGGGUUGCUCCCAGCAGCUCACCGCGUGUGCUCAGAUGUCCCCAUGCUGUGACCUGGCACCGUGGCUGCAAUUUGGAAGGGAAUCCUUCUGGUCCUUUCCUCUCUGUUGCAAAGCAGAAGGCAAACUAAGUCCCGCGAAUGUAUUUCCUUAGGAAAACUGUUGUAAAACAUUAUUUAUUUAAUACUGCGGUCUACUUUGUGGUACUAUGAAGUACACAAAUUUAGGAAAUUGCUGUUUCUCACUUCUGUAUUUUAUUGAAAAUUGUGUUAUGGUGUUCAAUAUACUGUAUAUUACUGAUCUAUUGUGAAAAGAAUCUCGCCAAAACUAGAAGUGUAUUUUCUGAGUGGUGACAACUGUAUGUCGAUGUUGUGAAUGUAAUCAAACCUUUGUGUACCUGUGAUCACAGGAUGAUGUGCCUUAAAACACCCCUCCUGCCAUGACAUGCAGGGCCUGUCAUGGAGACCCUGCAAUAACCAACUGCUUGACCAAUUCUAUUAAAGACAUUUCAAGGUAUUUGGGUGCAAACUCUGUUUAUAAAUAAAAGG